AUGACUUUGAUAUAUACGAGUGUAUUAUUUUUGUUAGCCUUGACCUCUCAAAAUGUCAACUGCAAAUCAGCAUAUAAAAUAUGUGUGCCAACGCAACAUUUAAAAGCAUGCGAGGAGAUGUUAGAAGUUCCAACAAAGAGCAAAGCUUUACUAGAAUGUAUUCCUGCAAGAGAUAGGAUCGAAUGUCUGAGCUACAUUCAACAACGCCAAGCUGAUUUGGUACCAGUCGACCCAGAAGACAUGUACGUUGCCUCCAAAAUACCAAAUCAAGACUUUGUGGUCUUCCAAGAGUACAGAACAGACGAAGAACCAGAUGCGGAAUUUCGCUAUGAGGCAGUUAUUGUCGUACACAAAGAUCUGAACAUAAAUAACUUAGAUCAGCUAAAAGGCCUCAAAUCUUGUCAUACGGGAGUUAACAGGAACGUCGGAUACAAGAUACCAUUAACGAUGCUUAUGAAACGAGACAUCUUCCCAAGGAUGACAGAUAGAACGAUAUCACCGAAAGAGAACGAGUUGCGAGCACUUUCGACGUUCUUUAAGAAAUCUUGCAUCGUCGGAACAUGGUCGCCUGAUCCAAAAACAAAUUCUGCUUGGAAGGCACAAUAUAGCCAACUGUGCGCUAUGUGUGAGCACCCAGGGAAAUGUGAUUACCCCGACAACUUCAGCGGUUACGAAGGCGCUUUGAGAUGCCUCGCCCACAAUGGAGGAGAGGUCGCCUUCACCAAGGUUAUCUACGUUCGGAAGUUCUUUGGGCUCCCAGUUGGAACGACCCCCGCCAGCCAAUCCCCAGAGAACCCUGACGAGUUCGCAUAUCUUUGUGUUGAUGGGUCUAAAGUGUCAGUUAGAGAAAAGCCCUGCUCCUGGGCCGCGCGACCUUGGCAGGGGUUGUUGGGACAUAACGACGUCCUCGCAAAAUUGUCGCCACUUAGGGAAAAGAUAAAGCAAUUGGCCGAUGUUGGUGCUAGCUCCAAACCGAAAUGGUUCACCGACGUAUUGGGUCUGUCCGAAAAAAUUCACCACGUAGCCGACAAUAUACCGAUCAAGCCCAGAGAUUACUUGCAGAAGGCCAACUACACUGAAGUUAUUGAACGUGGUCACGGACCUCCCGAGCCAGUCGUAAGACUUUGUGUGACAUCAAACGUUGCACUUGCAAAAUGCCGCUCGAUGUCCGUAUUCGCGUUUAGCAGAGACAUAAGGCCGAAAUUAGACUGUGUACAAGAAUCAUCUGAUGAAGCAUGUUUAAAAAGUGUACAAGACAAUGGAUCUGACUUAGCCUCUGUAGAUGGAAUGGGUGUGGCUUCAGCAUCGAAAAAAUACAAUCUUCACCCAGUUUUUCACGAAGUGUACGGCAACAACAAAAUACCUAAUUAUGCCGUUGUUGUGGUAAAAAAGAACACAGCCUAUAAUAAAAUGGACGAUCUCAGAGGAAAACGAUCAUGCCAUAAUUCAUAUGGAACAUUUAGUGGAUUACAAGCUCCGCUAUAUUAUUUUAUAAACAGAAAAAUUAUUAAUUCUGAUGAGUGCGUCAAAAAUUUAGGCAACUUCUUCAGUGGAUCUUGCCUACCUGGAGUUGAUAAAGCAGAAAAUAACCCUAGAGGUGAUGAUGUAUCCAAACUGAAGAAACAGUGUUCAGGUGAUGGUAAUGCCGCCAAAUGUAUGCAAGAAGACAGGGGUGAUGUAGCGUUUGUAUCAAGUGCAGAUUUAUCCAACUUCGAUUCAUCCCAAUAUGAACUACUCUGUCUGAACAAAGAUAAUGGAGGCAGGGAUAGUCUAAGCAACUUUGCUUCAUGCCAUAUAACAAUGGAGCCAUCUAGAACUUGGCUUUCAUCUAAAGAUUUCUUAUCUGAUGUGUCUAUUGCACACACACCACUAAGUUUAGCCCAGCUACUAGACACUAGAUCAGAUCUUUUCAACAUAUAUGGAGAAUUCUUAAAAAAUAACAAUAUAAUUUUUAAUAAUGCAGCCAAAGGUCUUGCUACAACAGAAAAAUUAGACUUUGAAAAAUUCAAAACAAUCCAUGAUGUUUUGAACAACUGUGGUGUUGCAUAA